AUGACGUCGCUGGUCUACCUGGUGCCAUUGGCGUUGUGCAUCGAUGCCUCGUUUUUGGCGUUCCACAACGGAUCGUCGAAGAUCUUCGAGAUUCCGGGUCUCGAAGUGAUGGCAUCUGAUAAGUAUCCGCACUUCACCACCAUCGAGACGGUUAGCCGAACAAAAGUGCACCGCCAUCGACGCGAGGUGAUUGCGGGCCCGAUUUAUGACUGGAAUUCGUACGAGAUCCCGUUUCAGAUAUGGGGCGGCGAUUAUAAUUUUCAAAAUUUGAUUCGACGAGGAAUUCGAAUGUGGGAAGAGUCGACGUGUCUACGGUUUCGCGAAAAUAUGCAGAGUCGAGAUGCAAUUCGAUAUGUUCUCGAGAAAGGCGACAGUUGUUUUACCGAAUAUAUUGGCAGAAAUGGUGGACAUCAGGAUAUUAUAAUUGGAAGCGAAUGCGCUGAAGAAUACGUUGUUGCUCACGAGACCGGACAUGCUCUCGGCUUUUGGCACACUCAUCAGCGACCUGAUCGCGAUCGCCAUAUUUCGAUCAAUUGGAAAAAUGUGAUGGAAGAGGCGACCGCGUCGUUCAUGCCGUUCCGCUCGAUGCUCCAGGCGUUCGGCAUCCGUCAGGUCUCGCCGCGACGGGUUCCCUAUGACUACGGUAGUUUGAUGCAUUAUCACGCCGUUGCCCACGCCGUCAAGGUGUCGGAUUUUACGAUUGUGCCGAAAGAAUUGAAAUAUGUGACGACGAUGGGAACCGAGAAAAUGGCGUUUCUCGACGCGAAAGUCAUCAAUGAUAUUUAUUGUCCAAACGCCUGUGUGGGACGAAAUCAUUUGAAUUGCCUGGCCGGUGGCUAUCCGGACCCCAACAAUUGCGCGGUGUGCCGCUGCCCGGAAGGUCUCGGUGGUCCCGAUUGUAGCACACUGCAAAUGUCGCCGUGCGGCGGCGAAAUCCGCGCGGCGGACCAUUGGCAGACGCUCAACAGCCCCGCCGGCCGCAAUGUGCACUGCUAUUGGCGGAUAUCCGUUCCGGAAGGCUCGCGCGUUCGCUUCCGGCUUUCCGACGGCGAAUUUCCGUGCUCAUACGGAUGUCAGUCGUACGUCGAAAUCAAGCACAAACUCGACGUGCGGCUGACCGGCUUCCGCAGUUGCUGCUAUCGGCCCAAAGAGGACACGGUGUCCGAGAGCAAUCAGAUAUUUGUGAUCUACCAUCCGAACGGUCGUACGGCACGAUUCUCGUUGCGAUUCCGCAGACAGGUCUAA